UACAAUACAAUGUACGCAAUUUGGAUUCGCUUAGUGAUGAUUUUGACUGUUUGGAAAUUGAUUUGUGCUCGAAUCGAGUUUACCAACUUUAAGUGUGACUCUUUGGAUAAGGACUUUUGCGAAUUUGAAUAUUGCACCAUAAAGGCAAUUAAUCGGACCUAUAAGUAUGUUUCGACAAAAAUCCGUCUCUACCAAGUUCCCAUUACCGAAAUAAAGGUGAAAGUUGGACUGUACAAGCGGUUUAAUGGAUAUCGGCCCUUUUUGUACAAUAUAACCGUGGAUGCGUGUCAAUUUUUGAAAAACAAGAAGUCCAAUCCAGUGACUAAUUACUUUUACGAAUUCAUUAAGAGCACAUCCAACAUGAAUCACACCUGUCCCUACGAUCACGAUCUUGUUGUGGAUAGGGUUUCCACGGAGUUUGUAAAUCACCGAUUCACGAAUAUUCUACCUUUUCCUGAAGGGGAUUACAUGGUUGAGAUGCACUGGAUAGCCUAUGACAUAACCCGCGCAGUGGUUAAGGUGUAUUUGACUCUCUCCUAG